AGUAAAAAUAUUGUUAUCUUGAGUUUGUCUUGUGUGAAUCAAGGGAAUUGAAGUUUUUUAAAAAAAAUAAGUUUAAGUUAGCUUCUAUUUCUACAGUCAAAAGUAACUAGCAAAGUAAAAAGAAUUGGAGGGGGUGGUGGUUUUCUUUACUUUGUCCUUGAAAGGAAAAAAAAAAAUGCAUCCUCCAGAAACCACCACCAAGAUGGCUUCAGUUCGGUUCAUGGUGACACCAACAAAGAUUGAUGACAUUCCAGGUUUGUCAGAUACCAGCCCGGACCUCAGUUCUCGGUCUAGUUCCCGAGUAAGAUUUAGCUCCCGGGAGAGUGUGCCUGAAACAAGCCGCAGUGAACCCAUGAGUGAGAUGUCAGGCGCCACCACCUCACUGGCAACUGUUGCCCUGGAUCCAGCCAGUGACAGAACUUCCAACCCCCAGGAUGUUACCGAGGACCCGAAUCAGAACUCCAUCACAGGGGAACACAGCCAGCUGUUAGAUGAUGGACGUAAAAAAGCUCGAAACGCUUAUCUCAAUAAUUCCAAUUAUGAAGAAGGAGAUGAAUAUUUUGAUAAAAACUUGGCAUUGUUUGAGGAAGAAAUGGAUACUAGGCCAAAGGUAUCAUCUCUUCUCAACCGUAUGGCCAAUUACACAAAUUUGACACAAGGAGCAAAGGAACAUGAAGAGGCAGAGAACAUUACUGAAGGGAGAAAGAAACCUACCAAGAGCCCCCAAAUGGGUACCUUCAUGGGUGUCUACCUCCCAUGUCUUCAAAAUAUUUUUGGAGUGAUCCUGUUUCUACGCCUUACGUGGGUGGUGGGCACAGCUGGAGUUCUUCAGGCCUUUGUGAUUGUCCUUAUCUGCUGCUGCUGUACAAUAUUGACUGCUAUCUCCAUGAGUGCCAUUGCCACUAAUGGAGUGGUACCAGCUGGGGGCUCCUACUUCAUGAUUUCCAGGGCACUGGGCCCAGAGUUCGGAGGAGCUGUUGGCCUCUGCUUUUAUCUUGGUACCACAUUUGCAGCAGCCAUGUAUAUUCUUGGUGCCAUUGAAAUUUUUCUGGUAUAUAUUGUCCCCCGGGCUGCCAUCUUCCAUAGUGAUGAUGCACUCAAGGAAUCCACAGACAUGCUAAAUAACAUGCGUGUCUAUGGCACAGCCUUCUUGGUCCUUAUGGUAUUGGUUGUGUUCAUCGGUGUACGCUAUGUGAACAAGUUUGCCUCCCUUUUCCUGGCCUGUGUCAUUGUAUCUAUCUUGGCCAUCUAUGCUGGAGCCAUCAAGUCAUCUUUUGCCCCACCAAGUUUCCCGGUCUGUAUGCUGGGUAACCGUACUCUUUCAUCAAGACAUUUUGAUGUUUGCUCUAAGACCAAGGAAAUGAACAACAUGACAGUCCCAUCAAAGUUGUGGGGCUUGUUUUGUAACUCAAGCCAGUUUUUCAAUGCCACCUGUGAUGAAUACUUUGUUCACAAUAAUGUCACUUCAAUUCAGGGCAUUCCUGGAUUGGCUAGUGGUAUCAUUACAGAGAACCUUUGGAGUAAUUAUCUACCAAAGGGAGAAAUCAUUGAAAAGCCCUCGGCCAAAUCUUCAGAUGUCUUAGGGAGCUUAAAUCACGAGUAUGUUCUUGUUGACAUCACCACCUCCUUUACGCUUCUGGUGGGGAUCUUCUUUCCCUCUGUUACAGGUAUCAUGGCUGGAUCAAACCGGUCUGGAGAUCUGAAAGAUGCUCAGAAAUCUAUUCCCAUUGGCACUAUCCUUGCCAUCCUGACCACUUCGUUUGUCUAUUUAAGCAAUGUUGUGCUUUUUGGUGCAUGUAUUGAAGGAGUUGUUCUUAGAGACAAGUUUGGAGAUGCUGUGAAAGGUAAUUUAGUGGUAGGUACCUUGUCUUGGCCAUCUCCAUGGGUGAUUGUUAUUGGAUCCUUCUUUUCAACCUGUGGAGCUGGACUUCAGAGCCUCACAGGUGCACCACGGCUGCUACAGGCAAUUGCCAAGGAUAACAUUAUACCAUUUCUUAGGGUGUUUGGUCACAGCAAAGCCAAUGGAGAACCUACCUGGGCUUUACUACUAACUGCUGCCAUUGCAGAGCUGGGAAUCUUGAUUGCUUCCCUUGAUCUUGUGGCCCCAAUCCUUUCCAUGUUUUUUCUCAUGUGCUACCUUUUUGUGAAUCUGGCAUGUGCCUUGCAAACAUUACUUCGAACACCCAACUGGAGACCCCGAUUCCGUUACUACCACUGGACUCUUUCUUUCAUGGGAAUGAGUAUCUGUCUGGCUCUGAUGUUCAUUUCUUCCUGGUAUUAUGCCAUUGUAGCUAUGGUGAUUGCUGGUAUGAUCUACAAGUAUAUUGAGUACCAAGGAGCUGAAAAAGAAUGGGGCGAUGGUAUCCGUGGGCUGUCCCUCAGUGCAGCCCGAUUUGCUUUGCUUCGGCUGGAGGAAGGACCACCACACACUAAAAACUGGAGGCCUCAGUUGCUUGUACUGCUGAAACUAGAUGAAGACUUACAUGUCAAGCAUCCUCGUCUCCUCACCUUUGCCUCACAGCUCAAGGCUGGAAAGGGUCUCACUAUUGUGGGCUCUGUCAUUGUGGGGAACUUCCUGGAGAGCUAUGGUGAGGCUUUAGCUGCUGAGCAGACGAUAAAGCACCUAAUGGAGGCAGAAAAGGUAAAAGGAUUCUGCCAGCUGGUGGUGGCAGCCAAGCUAAGAGAGGGCAUUUCCCAUCUCAUCCAGUCGUGUGGCCUUGGGGGCAUGAAGCACAACACAGUGGUGAUGGGCUGGCCCAAUGGCUGGCGUCAGAGUGAAGACGCUCGAGCGUGGAAGAUUUUUAUUGGCACAGUUCGAGUAACAACUGCUGCUCAUCUUGCGCUGCUGGUAGCCAAGAAUAUCUCCUUCUUUCCCAGCAAUGUAGAGCAAUUCUCUGAGGGCAACAUUGAUGUGUGGUGGAUUGUGCAUGAUGGAGGAAUGCUCAUGCUAUUACCAUUCCUCCUCAAACAGCACAAGGUGUGGCGAAAGUGCAGCAUACGGAUCUUCACCGUGGCCCAGCUAGAAGACAACAGUAUUCAGAUGAAGAAGGACCUAGCCACCUUCCUGUAUCACUUGCGCAUUGAGGCAGAAGUGGAAGUGGUGGAGAUGCAUGAUAGUGACAUAUCAGCGUAUACUUAUGAGCGAACUCUGAUGAUGGAACAGAGGUCCCAGAUGCUCCGACACAUGCGACUCUCCAAAACAGAACGGGACAGAGAGGCACAGCUGGUGAAAGACCGGAACUCAAUGUUACGAUUAACCAGCAUUGGCUCUGAUGAGGAUGAUGAGACAGAGACUUACCAGGAGAAAGUACAUAUGACGUGGACAAAAGACAAAUACAUGGCAUCCAGGGGGCAAAAAGCCAAGUCAAUGGAAGGAUUCCAAGACCUGCUUAACAUGCGCCCGGACCAGUCCAAUGUGAGGCGGAUGCAUACGGCAGUCAAGCUCAAUGAGGUUAUUGUUAACAAGUCCCAUGAUGCAAAGCUGGUGUUGUUGAAUAUGCCAGGGCCACCUCGAAACCCUGAGGGUGAUGAAAACUACAUGGAGUUCCUAGAAGUGCUCACCGAGGGACUUGAGCGAGUCCUCCUUGUCCGGGGUGGUGGCAGUGAAGUGAUCACCAUUUAUUCAUAA